AUGUCAAAAGAAACAACAAUUGAAAUUCAUGACACUCAAGUCAUUUUAAAUGAUAAGAAAAUGCUUAGUUCAUGUAUCAUUGCACAAAGUCCUAAUGGAGAGUUAAUAGCUAAAUAUGAGAAAGGAAGUGGAGAAUUGGUCAUUUGGUCGAUUACAAGCGAUAACGAUGGUGCUUAUAAAGUUAUUGACGACGUCAAAAUUCCUUUAUUGCAGAAUACUCGGCCAAACAGCCAAAAUUCAAGCGACAUCAAUAGUGUUUCUAACGAUAUUGAUCAAUAUUCUUUGGCCAUUUCAAACACCAUUGAGAAUACAACUUACAUACUACUUUCAUGCUUUGAAAAAAGAGAAACAAUUUAUAAUUAUCAGCUUGAAAAACCAGCAUUGCAAACCAAGCUCGAUUCAGCAUUACAAUUAUUCGAACAUAUCGAAAACGGAAAUACAUAUUGUGUAGCAAUAAAGAACGCCGAAUUCAAAAGAGCUUGUAUAGAAUUCUCUGGUGUGGUGAAAAUUUUUAAGAACUUUGAUGCAGUCAUAGUAAAUGGCAAUGGAUUUAUUCGUUUCAAUCUUAAAGAACUUAAGUAUUCUAAUUCUAUUAAAUCGAAUAACUUUGGUCCUUUUCAAAGAUUUUUCUCUGGCGAAUUUUUUCCUCUCAAUCCAAAAAAUUCGAACUACUCUGAAUACAUCAAGACGAAUGUCAAAAGAGCUCUUCAAAGAUUUGAUACUGGAGUAUAUAUCCGUUCCACUCUCGAAAAACUUUCGUCAAAAUCCGAAGGAUUCCAUAUUUAUCCGUUACCAUCAGAAAUAAAUAUAAAAUAUGAAAAAGAGCCGGAUCGAGUCAUCAGAAGAUUAAGUAAUUUAAUAUUGGAUGGAUAUUUCUUUUCAGUGAAUAGUGAAAAUAAAAUUUCGAUGUAUUCAUUUAAAACUGGCGAUGUAAAAAUACAAUUCGAUCCACAUCAAGAAAAAUCUGGUCAUCAAACAAUCAGCAACAUAUUACAGGUACAUGUACAUGUAAUUGCUAUGUCUCGCGAUAAAAGAUUGCUCGCCAUUGCUUUUAAAGAUACUGUUCACCUUUAUCUAAUUGAAAAUGGCAUCGAAAUAAUCAAUAAAAAAUAUUAUGGCACAAUUAUACAAAUGGCAUUCGAGGAAAAAGAAGAUAAAUCCAAAAUUGAACUCGUGAUUUUAAUAAAAGAAGAUGAUAAAGAUACUUUACGCUUUUGUGUUUGGGAUCUCUUGGUAUGGAAAGAGGAUAUGGAUUAUGAAUUGUCUUCGAAAGAAUUUACAGAAAAUUGUAAAUUAAUUUCUUCAAAUAAUAAAAUAUUAGUAAUUUGUAAAUUUCCAAACAAAAAUUACGAGAUUUUCAAUCUUCAGAAUUAUCUUGAAAAACAUUCUCGAUCUCAAAAGCGAUAUGAAACAGCAGAAAAUGAAGUGGAUAAUGAAUCUUUCUAUAAACAAGUAGAAGGAGAAGAAGAGAUACCCAAUAACAACUUAGAAGAAGAGAUACCCAAUAGCAAUUUAGAAUAUUUUGAACCAUGGAGAAAAGAAAUUAACAGAAAAAAAUGGAAUAUACUUAUAACCAAAAACUCAUUACGCAUUAUCGUUGGCUAUGACACAAUACAAGUGUGGCAACAUUCCAAAACGAGAACAGAUAAUGCGAAUCUUUUAUAUAUUCAACGCAUUUGGUCAGAUAACGAUAAUGAAAAAAUAGAUUCAUUUAAAAUAAUGGAAAUUGAAACUAAAUUUAAAGUUGUCUUAACCCUAGAAUCCAAAUCCGUUCGCGAGAUUAAGAUACCAAAAAAUGUACUUUCUGAGCAAAUGACAGAUGAAAAAACUUUUAUUGAAAAUCUAGCUGCAUUCAAAUUUCUGUAUUCGACCUGUCAAGUAGAUUCAAUUGCUAGAGACAAUCAAUUAAAGAAAAUUCUGAUGGCGACCGAAAAAAUGCUGAUAAAAAAAAUAGAAUCUAAAGAAAUCAAAAUUGGCUUUUGGCGAUUACUUGAUUUGAAUCAUAAAAUAAUGAUUCAACUCAUCGAAAAAGGUUCCAUCAGAAUGAUUAAAUCUUAUUUGUCGAAAAAUAAAGAUAAUAUUAAAAGCUACAUUAAGUCCAAAGAGCAACAUAAUAAAGGAAAACCAGAAUUUGGUUUACAUGUUCCUUUUGUUGUUAAUAAAAGAACCGGAGUUAAUGUUUUAUCAAUUGCAAUUGAUAAAGGAAAACUUGAAAUAUUACAAACACUUAUGGAUUAUUACCUAUCUUGGGGAGUAUAUGACGUCGGAUAUAUGAGUCUAUUCUCAGAAUCCUUGGCAAAUUUUUAUAAUAAAUUCCCAGGCAAAGAAAUUUAUAUUGGUAUCAAUAUAACUGGAAAACGCGGUAAUGGUUUUUGCUCAUUUAAGACGAGCAUGGUAUAUAUGACUCCUGCUGAUACUGAAAAAACUGGAGUAUAUGGCUGCAAAGCUCAAGUUGCAAUAUUCACUUUUACGGCUUUAAUAAUUUGUAUACAACAAUUUCUUCGCUUGAGAUUUAUCAAAAGCUCAAUUGCAUUUAAUGAUACUUCACAAAAUUAUUUUUGGAAAAUGGAAACUUCUGUAGAGUCCGUUUUCUUUUGGCUCAGUGGAAGAUGGGACUAUUUAAAUAAAUGGGACUUUUGGCCGAUUCACUUUGUAUCAGUGAUCGGUGGAUUUUUUCUAGUCAUUGUGACUCAAAAUAUGCUAAUUGCUUUUAUAUCAAAGAUAUACGAAGACAUCAAAAACAAGGAGGAACAAAAUUCUAAACGAGCAAUUGCUCAUAUUUUAUCCGAAACUUUAUCAAUACGUGAAAUGGCUAAGCCGCUCUGGAUGCUCCCUAUAAUGCUGGCGAUAAAAAUCUCACGAAUUUUUGGAAUAAAAGUAAUUUUGAAUCUAAUUUCUUUUUUAAACGAGAAAAGAUUAGCUGAACCAUCACGGCCUCGACUUUUAUAUUUUGCAGCUGAUCCAGACGAUAUUAACGAAUAUCGCAAAAAAUUAACAUUACAGACGGCACUCAUGAUAUGA